AAGGAGCUGGACGUUUGGCUUGAGGUGGAAGCAACUGGUGUUUUUGCGGAUAUCGUCCUGGAUUGUGUAGCAAAAACAAAAUACAAACAAACAUAACGCUGUGUCGUUGCUGUGCGUCUUACCCAGGCUUUGGAGCACUGAAAUAAACCCUUAAUCCGAGGCCAGUAAAUAAUUUAAGGAGCUGCUGGACAUUGUGUCAGAGUGGCCAUAAGGAGAAACAAUGCAAUGCAUGCUUGUGACCACCAUAAUCCAGCGUGAAUGCAUUACUUCACCAUUGCAUGCCUACAUCGUUCAUCCUUCCCUAUUGCAUGCCUUCCACCCUCUCCUGACCAGGCCUUUUUCUCUCUGUCUCUACUUCCUCCAAUAAAAUAACACCACAUCACUAUGGACAAGAAUGAAGCUGACUGUACUCACCAAUGUCUCUUCUCCAGAAAAGAAAACCUGCAAUCGAGGAGUCAUUUGCUUUUAAACAAGAAGGCCAAAAAAGUCUCGCCUUGCCAAUGCAGUCUUGAAACCUCAUCCCAACCCAUUCCUGGUUUUGGAAGUGAGAAGGAAAAGGUCCUGGAGCUGCCCUGGACCUAUGUGGAGAACCAGCAUUUUGAUUACGCUGACCUCAAGCAGGCCUGUGAACUGCACCAAAGGCUGGCCGACGAGAUCACUGGCAUUGUAACACCUGACCGGACAACAAAAGCAGGAAAGAAGUUGUCAGGAAUUAACUCAGGGUGUAAAGGCAAUGGGGCAAUAUACCGUAAACUAGAGGGGCUGUUGAAGACUCUCCAUGGGGAAGCAGACAAGGAGCAAGCCGGGCUUCUGCAGUGCCUCUGGGAGGAAGUGGAGCUGGAGAAGAGCUACUUCCUGUGCCACUUGCUAGAUGUACAUGGGCAUCCUUCACUAAUGGCAGAAAAAAAGAAAGACAAAGUUACAAACAAGCCAGCUGAGUGGAGGUCAGAGAACUCAAGGAGUGCAGAUCUCUCAGAUUCUUUCAAGGAAGGAAAGCAAUUGGUCACUAAUUACUACCCAGAUUCUCAGAAACAUCCACCUAUGAAAAAGUUUAAGCAGGGAUUGGAAAGCUCAUCAGAAACGGAGGAUUCUGGGAAAUACCCUCCCAGUUCUUCACUUGUCGAAGAAAAGACCAACAAGGGGGAUCUGUAUCGGACUUUCCCUGAUGUGGGUUGGGAACUCCAGAGUUCCAGGCCAUCUCUGGAAAAGUUGUCUCCCUCCAGAUGUUCAGAGGACAACAUGAAAGACACGGACGGCACAGAUUACGACUGUCUAGUUCGGCAGAACUCAGAGCUCCUGAGAGCGCUCGAGGAUCUGGAGAAGACUGUGUCCACACUCCGAGAGGAAAACAGCCUCCUGCGUAAGAGCAGUUGUCCUGAGACAGAGGACAAGGUAAAAAGGUUGAGGAGGAAAAAUGCAGAGUUGGCUGUCAUCGCUAAGCGCCUGGAAGAGAGGGCACACAAACUGCAGGAGGCCAAUCUUAAAGUGGUGAAUGCUCCCAUCCCUAUGAAGCCCGGUGCUGUAGAGCAGUAUAAGAGAGCGUUUGCUAGGCAGAGGGCACGAGACCUGGCACAGCAUGCAGACACACUCCUCUCUAAAGACAAGGAGAUUGCUGCACUACAGCACGAAUGUCGACAGCUGAAGGCCAGAAUGGGACAGGACAAACAGGCAGCUCCUUGUCCAGCAGGAAUGGUGGAUUUUGAGCGGUUGUUGAAGGAAUCUCAGAAGGAGGUGCUGCGCCUGCAGAGACAGCUCUCGGUCAGCUCGGUUUUGGAUCAGAGCUCAACUGGAGGAGCCGAGAAUGAGCGAGAACAAAAAGAGCCACCGCCUGUAGUUAAUGAAGUCCAUGUUAAGAAGAAGGAAACCCAUGGAGAGGAAAAGGAGGAGUCUAGAGAACAAGUAACUGCAGAGCAGGACAGGAACUCAACCCAUCCAGAAGAACAGACACAAAAGGAGUGUAUAGAGAUUCUGGAAAGUGAGUUGAGCAAGAAGAGAAAAGAAUGUGAGGGUCUCGAGCAUGAAGUAAGGAAGAGGCAGAAGAGAUGUCUCGAUUUGGAGAGCCAGCUUGAGGAUGAGCGCGGUAAAAAUGAACGCUUAACGGAGGAGGCUGAACUCCUCAGGAGGAAGGCUCAGCUGCUUGAGCAGUCUCAGGUUGAGAAUGAGGAGCUGAGGAAGGAGCUCUCUGCAGUGAGCGCUCAGUAUAGUUCAGUUCUCGAGGAGAACCAGAGACUUCGUGCCAAGCUGGAGAACCUAGAGCAGGUCCUAAAGCAUAUGCGAGAGGUCGCAGAGCGCAGGCAGCAGCUGGAACUGGAACAUGAGCAGGCACUGGCUAUCCUCAAGUUCAAACAGGAUGAAAUCAAACGACUUCAGCGGGCUCAGUUAUUUGCUAAGAGGGAGCAUGAAGGAGUUGUUCAGAUGCUGGAGGGAUUGAUCCAGUUUGUAUUGCUGAGAGAGCUGACGAAGGUACGAGAUCUGGAGCAGAAAUGCCGUAAUCAGGGCGAGCAGUUCAGUCUUCUUUCUCAGGAGCUGGACAAAUUCCGGCUGCAGGCCUCUAAGAUCGAUCUGUCAGCUCCUGGACUGUUGUGCACCAGCCUCACACAACUUCCCAACGGCCUCAGUCUGCCCACGGACACCGGCACUAGUGCUUCAUGGGAUGACAUCGCCUUCUGGAGUCUGGAGGGUAACGAGGCCCUGUGUGACGUCUCUGAGCAGGAUUUGGCGUCUGUGAUUCGGGCUGGUACAGCGUCAUACUCAGCAGGUCUGUCGCAGAGCGAACGCUCGCCAGGCGCCAAACACCGUGAGCUGCCCAGGCUGAACCCCAAGUCAGCCUCCACCUCCAGCGCAUCUCCACCCAAAUCUGAAAACACGCACCUGUCGCCAAAAUCAGCCGCAACCUCACGCAAAGCCAGCCCAACUCACGAGGUGGACACUGCCAGUGAGGUUGAGGAACUGGACAUCGACGUGUCCCCUGUUCCUUUCCCAGCCAGUCGAGGAGCUGCAAAGCUUCAGGUGUUUAUUGCUCGUUACAGCUACAAUCCGUAUGAUGGCCCAAAUGAUAAUCCAGAGGUGGAGCUGCCCCUCACAGCAGGGGAAUACAUCUAUGUGUACGGAGACAUGGAUGAUGACGGCUUCUAUGAAGGUGAACUGAUGGACGGCCGUCGAGGCCUGGUCCCAUCAAACUUUGUGGAGCGUGUCUCAGACGACGAGGCGCAUGAAGCCACUGACUUUUCCCACAACUCCUUCCUGGAAAGCAGUAUUCACAGCAUGUCAGAGAGACCACAUCCACAGCAUGUACGCAUAGGCCACAGCAUCACAGACAGGACAGAGGUCUCAGCUACCAGUGACAUGAGCAAAACUGGCACCAUACCACUUGUCAAUGGCUUGGACAUGGAUCUGGACUUGGAGGAUGACACAGAGUCUCACAUCGUGCCUCAUCCUCAUAAGUUGACUCUCAUCAAACAGCUAGCUAAGAGCAUAGUGUUAGGCUGGGAGGCACCUGCAGGAGGAGUGACAGUGCAGAGCUACAAUGUCUAUGUGGACCAGGAGCUCCGUCUCAGUGUGCCCAUGGGGAGCCCAACCAAGGCUGUGUUAGAGAAGAUAGAUACAGGUCUUAAGACUCACCAUGUGGCUGUGCAGAGUGUGACAGAGCACGGUACCUCAGACCCAUUGCGUUGCUGCAUGCUGGUAGGAAAGGACGUUUCCGCAGCCCCCAGUCAGCUGCGAAUAGAACGCAUCAUGGCCACUUCAGCACGUAUUUCCUGGUUGCCUAGCAACAGCAAUUACACACAUGCAGUCUCUUUGAAUGGUGAGCUGUGUGAGUUGCUGCAGGCUGGCAGACACUCACUGCGCCUUGGUGACCUUAUGCCCGGUCUGCACUACCGUGUGGAGGUGGAGGCUCAGCUGCCAUCCGAGCCAAAGGAACGCAAGUGUGCUUUCACCUCUUUCACCACACUUGCUGCAGGUCCUCCUGAUGCUCCUCUGGAUGUGCAGCUGGAACAGGGACCAACCCCAGGGAUUGCUCAAAUCAGCUGGCUCCCAGUCACUAUAGAUGCUGCUGGAACUUCCAACGGUGUCCGUGUCACCGGCUACACCAUAUAUGCUGACAAGAAGAAGAUGUUGGAGGUGUCCUCGCCCACAGCGGGAAGUGCUCUGAUUGGUCCUUCUCAGAUUGAAAUGCUUCGAGCAGCCCACGAGAUCACUGUACGCACCAUGUCUCCUCAUGGUGAGUCAGCCGACUCAACGCCUGUGAAUGUGCCUGCCAAGCUGCCUGCCAUCAUGGCAGGGGCCUCCAUGCCACCCUGCCAGUUGGUGCCAGCCCAUUCCAGUGUCCUAACCACUGGUGCCACCAAGAAGGAGCCCAGUGUCUGUGCCACCUCUCUGUCUGCUGCCAAAAUGUCCACAAUACCACACAGCUCUAUGGUAGAUGCAAAUCCUCCUUCUCCCAUCAGGGACGUCUAUGCCAACACACCCAAAGCUGCCUCCAAUGAUGCCCCUCUGCUUACUGCCUCAUAUGUAGAGGCAUGGGCAAAUCCAGCUGUGGCUGCGCAGGAGAGACAGCCACUUCCUGGUACCAGUGCCAAUGUGCAGCAGGAAACUGUACCUGUACCAAAUGUAGUGCCCACUCCUGUGCCAGCCCCAGUGUCCAUGCACACAGCCACACCUCCAGCACAACCCAACUUAGCCCUUAAAACACUGGAGUCUAGCAAAGAUCAUGAAAGCCCUAGGCCAUUACAACGCUCCAUUACUUCUGUCUCUGAUUUUCUGGAUGACCCCUUGCCACACAAGUCAUCACCCACUCCAAGUAUGCCCAAAGUCAUGGUACCUGGGACAGAUGUGCUUGACGUGCCUGAUACACAUCCCCUGCGGCCACCUAACCCCUCACCUGUAGAGUCGGAGCCAGAGGGUGAAAGGGAGAACACUCGUUUGGUAUCCAUUGAAGAGUUCCUGCGGCCUGAACCUGUGCCCAGAACUAAGGUGUAUGCAGGAGGUCUGAUGGACCCUCCUCCUGACUAUCAUGUGGAGAGCAGCCGUUCAGACCUAUCCGAUAUCCUGGAGGAGGAGGAGGAAGAUUUGUACUCCGAGACUGCCGCUGACGCAACACCCAAGACUUACAACUCGGGACCUGCAGGCAGAGAGGCUGAAGGUCUAGCAGAUUCAAGAACAGCUUGGUGCGGCCCCAAAGACAUCAGUCCAAAAUUAAAUAGAUCGGAGACCAGAUUACCUAGAGAUGCGCCAAUUGGUGACAGUGAGGUACGGAUUUUUGUUGCCCUGUUUCCAUAUGAUCCAUCAACAAUGUCACCCAAUCGCGAUGCGGCAGAGGAGGAGCUUCCCUUCAGGGAGGGACAGAUCAUUAAGGUCUACGGUGAUAAGGAUGCAGACGGGUUUUACAGAGGCGAGUCAGGUGGUCGUCAUGGUUAUGUGCCGUGUAACAUGGUCUCUGAGAUCCAGGUGGAUGACGAGGAGACCAGAGAUCAGCUGCUACAGCAGGGCUUCCUGUCCACUGAGUCCUCUAUAGAGAAGAUGGGCACGCGCUCACUCGCUCAGCUUCCGCACCGUCCGGCUCCACCACCCAAACCUAGACGCUCCAAGAAAGGAGUUUUAGAUGACAGUUCCAACACUAAUUCCUCCAAUGAAGAUAAUGCACGACACUCUACCGUUGCCAUGGGAAACCCUGUACCUCGCAGGAUGGUGGCAAUCUUUGAUUACGACCCAAGAGAAAGCUCUCCAAAUGCUGACAUUGAGGCUGAGCUGACUUUUAACGCUGGAGACAUCAUCUAUGUGUUUGGAGACAUGGAUGAUGACGGCUUCUUUUACGGGGAUUUAAAUGGACAGAAAGGUCUGGUACCUUCCAAUUUCCUUCAGGCCUUUCCUGAGAACAGAGAUAAGACAGCAGAACCAGAUCACACUAGAGCCAACAUCCAGAGAGACUCACAGGUGAGUCAUGCUGUGUCUGUAGAGCAGACGGAGCCUCUAACAUCAAGCCCCCCAGACAAGACCCAGACUGAGCCCACUUCUCAACCUGAUCUGUACCGGAACCUCCUUCCAGACCAGCAGCCGGUACACCACCCGGGUCCAGCUCCAUGCUCAGGCCAUACUCCUCCUGUCCUUCCUGCCCCAGAAGAUCAUGCUGUCCCUGACACCUCUUCACUUGGCAAAAAGAAAAAAGGAUUCUUCUCUAAAGGGAAGAAGCUCUUUAAGAAGCUGGGCUCCAGCAAGAAGGAAUAAAAGCUAAAGACUGUUACUUUGACUAAUUUGCUGAUUGCACUUUCUCCAUCUCGAUGUGAAUUCAUUUGCAUGUGUUUGUGAUUUCAUGGAUAGAUGUAGGAUAUGACACAAAUGUCAAUCUCUGUGACUGAUUGAUGCUUGUUUUUUUUUCUUUCUGAUUUGUCUCCAUUUGCCACCUUGAUAAUGGCGUGUUCUUGCUGUGCUUCAAUCAGUAUAGAUAAAAAAAAAACAUUCACUUCAUACUAGUAAAUACAGUAAAUAUUCUGCAAGCUGUUACGUAACAGUGGGUGACGUCUAAUUAAAAAACAACACCGAAUCAACAACAUUGGCUAUUACGGUGAAACAAAGGAUUAAUAUCAGUAUAUAACUUUACACUCUCGAUUCAAGAUAACACACUAUGUUAGAUGUGCAUUGAAUUAACUUGGUCAAAACGUCAGUGAUUUACACUUACACUGAUUUACAAGUGUGUGAAUUGCAUAUUGUAUUGCAAAAUGCUGGGAGUUUAGUUUUUGGGUGCAUUAAAUGUUUCUAGUAUGUUUAAUGGCAUUUCAGUGGCACCUGUAGGUAAAAAAUGCCACAAAUUGCAAACGCAUUAAACCAGACACAUGAAUCGCAGUAAUUAUGAGACGAGUGCUCUGACAUUAAACUCCGAGAUGUUUAUAGCCUCAGGAUAGAAAGAUGAACCAAACAACCUUUGAAUGCAUUUUAUAUAGCUAUAAAUCAUGUGGUCAAUAUCAGAAAUGACAGGGAAGAGCAUUUAAAUAUAAACUACACUUAGAGUUUCACACUAAACACACUACAAGACCACAGGUAGUGACAAAAAAACAGAUCUUUUUUGGUCCCUGACUGGAAUCAUCAUGUUGUCAUGGUAACAACAUGAGAUCAGAUAAGAUUAUAUCAUGUGGAUGUGUUGUUUUUUUAUUUUGCAUUUUUAGCCUUUAAGGCUGUUUCAAUGCUGUUUGUAUAUUACAUGGCAAUAAGGUUCAAUCCUGCUAUAUACAGACAUGUAAACACUUUUGGUGUCAUAAUCUGAAAAGAAUUACAUCAAAACAGGAAAGAGUAGCUUUUCCUCAGCUCAGCUGCUGUGUGAACUAAAUACAUAAGCUCCUUCAGUGUAAAAGGACAAGCUUCAGGAGGUCUCCUCUGGUCUGUCUUUGCCUUGCUCAUGGGACCCAAGUAGCACCAAAAGGUGUGUGUGCUGCAUGUGUUAACUGAUAAAAAAGCAGCUGUGAUGACAGACAAAAAAUGCUAAUGUUAGUUACUAUAAAUUUACAUGUCUAGGACCUCGAAUAUUGAGCUAAUUUUGUAAUAUUGUAAUGCUAAUGGGCUAGAGGAACAAAAACCCUUAUUACCUCAAGCUUACUUUGAAGAAUGUUGUAUUUUUUUUAUUCAUAACUAAAAUUGCUACUAUUUCAGAGAGUUCUUGUUUCUGUUUAUGCACCGAUAUUUUGCAUGAGGCCCAGAUUGUGCUGAUUUUAUAAUCUGACACAGAUUAUAAAAUAGGUUUCAGACAAGAUUUUGUUUUGGAUCGUCUCACACAAGCAUGACCUGUGAUAUUAAAAUGAUGCUGAAAUCUCGCAGUAUAAAACUGGCUGAACUAGCAGUUUAUCAGCGUCUAGUACAUGCUGCAUGUUCCAAACCAGAACAUCACACGCUCUUGCCAAACCUUUUGGUGCUCUUUGUGCUUCUAUGGCAGAGGAGAGAGCGCAGGGGUCCAAGCACCAGAUACUCUAUAGACCAGAGAUCCAGGCCUAGUCAAGUUCUCUCUGGUUCUUUGCUGAACCAAAUAAUAUAAUUUAAUUAAAUGUGACUGUACUCAUCUUAAAUAUUAAAAAAAAAAUGCAGCCAUGAUGGAGGCACUGCACUGUACAGUCAAAUUAUUUCUCUCCGUAGCCUUUAGGUAACUCUGGUUUUAGGCAAAGCAAUGGUCAUUAAGGUGUGCUAUAAUCCUAAAACUUGCUUUUCGAACCAGCUACUAUAGUUCAGAAGCUUUGAUCCCAGUGUUAUCGCUAGUGCUAUGCUAUGCUAUGCUCUACUAAUCUGCACCCACAGCUAACUUACUAGCCUUACGAGACCUUGUUUAGUCUUACUUCGAUGUUUACUUUCACUGUAUUUAUACUGACUGCAUGCAUGAAGGUGUUGCACCCAGACACGGCCUUAUUUAUCGAUAUUUAAGUAUUUAUAAUAUAACCUUGCAUUUCUUUACUUCUACAAUGCAUUUGUAGGACUCUUUUUUUCACUGGAUGCAGUGGAGGCCAAGCUGGAAGACAUUAGCUGAUACUUUGGUGUGUGUAUGAUGUACAGUGUUCAGGUCAACGGUUUGCACUUUGUGAUUUUGAUGUAUGGUGUUUUCAAACAGUACGAGAAGCUUUAAUCUCUCAUCGGUUUCUCAGCAUUUCUGCAAGUGUCACACGGAGAACAGGAACCUAUUUUGUAAAUCUGAGGUUUUGUAAUCAAUUUUUUGAAACCUGUAAAAUAGAAUCUUUUUUUCCACAUUUUUUCUUUUUUUGCAUGUUGAAGCAAGUUUUUGAGUGAUGACAAGUAAGAUCAUUAUUGGUCAUUGAAGGGGCGAUUGUCAUUCAGCCUGACCUUUUUACAGAAAUAAAAUCUAUUUUUACAGUAAAAA